AUGUCCGCAGAACCGAAGAGCUCAGGCUCUCCUCCCCCGCCUGAGGGAGGAGGACCGGAGAAAGCGGGGACGGGCGCCCCAGGGGGCCGGCAAAGGGGCUGGGAGAGGCCUCAGUCUCAGAAGAGAAGCCCAGAAACCCGGAGAGGGUCCUUCAGGCGAGCCGGCUCUCCCAGCUCCCUCCUGGGAGCUCGGGGGGACUGGGCGGCCUCGGCUUCCCUCGGGGCCCGGGGCCAGGCUGGGAGCUUCCGGAAGACGAGCUCCCCCGAGAGGAAGCCAGGCCGGCACAGCCCCGUCGGGUCACGGGGAUUCUGCCGCGGAACGGAACAGGGGCCAGAAGGCGGGUCCUGGGAAGAGGCUGAGGGGGCCCCGCUUUGCCCACAGCGGGAGGAGUCGAGGCUACCAGGCUGCCUUCUGGGAACCCUCAGAUCUGUGAUGGAGAGCCUGGAGGAGUGUGGAGAGGGCACCGGGCUAGAGCCCUGCAAGACCCCCCAUGCCUCCGUGACAUUCAAGGAUGUGGCCGUGGACUUCACCUGGGAGGAGUGGAGACUCCUGGACCCUCCCCAGAAGGAGCUGUUCUGGGAGGUGAUGCUGGAGAACUACAGGAACCUGGUCUGCCUGGGCCUUGCUGAUUCAAACAAGGAUGUGAGGAUCUCUGAGCUGGAGUUAAGGGAACCACAUUGGAUUCCAACUGGUGGUGUCCUAAGAAGCUGCUGGCCAGGUUGGGAAUCGAGGCCUCAGAACAAGGAAUCAGCUCCCAAGAUGAGUAUUUCUAUGAAAGUCUUAUCCCAGGAAAAGUUCUUGGAGAAUGAUCUAAGAAUCUGCAAGAUGGCGAAAACCUGGGAGUGUGAUGGCAGGUUGAAGAAAAAGGAGAGCAUGGAGGGGAAACCUUCUAGAGGAAUAAAAAUAAUUCAAGUAGAACCUCCCAAUGAGGCUGGAGUUUCUGAACAUGGUAAAUACAGUCAGACCUCUAGCCCAGAGCCAGGCCUUUUUCCACAACAGGGAACAUCUGUAGUUAUGCAGGGCCAGAAAGAAGAUAACCAGAGAGGGCGUUCCACCAUGUAUUUGAACCAAGGACAAAGAGAUCAAAUCCAUUCCAGGAAAAAAUGUCGUAAGGUUAACAAAUGUCAGAAAGUGCUGGGUCCUGAUUUGGGCUCCAUAAAAAAACGUGGAAUUCUUUCUGAAGAGAAAGUUCAUGAAACGGGGAAUUCUUUCCCUCGUAUUAAUGAAUGUGGUCCACACCAGACAACCGAUAGGAGAAAAAAGUGUAAUGAGUUAACUAAAUGGAGGAAGACAGGUCGUGCUGAACAUUACUGUCAUCAUCAGAGUAGAGAGAGACGGUACAACUGCAGUGAAUGUGGAAAGGCCUUCCAGGAAAAGGGGCAUCUUAAAAGACAUUACAGAAUUCAUACUGGAGAGAAACCUUUUAAAUGCAGUGAAUGUGGAAAGGCCUUCCAGGAAAAGGAGCAUCUUAAAAGACAUAACAGAAUUCAUACUGGAGAGAAACCUUUUAAAUGCAGUGAAUGUGGAAAGGCCUUCCAGCAAAAGGGGCAUCUUAAAAUACAUUACAGAAUUCAUACUGGAGAGAAACCUUUUAAAUGCAGUGAAUGUGGAAAGGCCUUCCAACAUAAGAGGGCUUUUCAAAUACAUUACAGAAUUCAUACUGGAGAGGAACCUUUUAAAUGCAGUGAAUGUGGAAAGGCCUUCCAACAUAAGGGGGCUCUUAAAAUACAUUACAGAAUUCAUACUGGAGAGGAACCUUUUAAAUGCAGUGAAUGUGGAAGGGCCUUCCACCAAAAGGGGCAUCUUAAAAGGCAUUACAGAAUUCAUACUGGAGAGAAACCUUUUAAAUGCAGUGAAUGUGGAAAGGCCUUCCAGCAAAAGGGGGAUCUUAAAAUACAUUACAGAAUUCAUACUGGAGAGGAACCUUUUAAAUGCAGUGAAUGUGGAAGGGCCUUCCACCAAAAGGGGCAUCUUAAAAGACAUUACAGAAUUCAUACUGGAGAGAAACCUUUUAAAUGCAGUGAAUGUGGAAAGGCCUUCCAGCAAAAGGGGCAUCUUAAAAUACAUUACAGAAUUCAUACUGGAGAGAAACCUUUUAAAUGCAGUGAAUGUGGAAAGGCCUUCCAGGAAAAGGGGGAUCUUAAAAUACAUUACAGAAUUCAUACUGGAGAGAAACCUUUUAAAUGUAGUGAAUGUGGAAAGGCCUUCCAGCAAAAGGGGGAUCUUAAAAUACAUUACAGAAUUCAUAAUGGAGAGAAACCUUUUGAAUGUAGUGAAUGUGGAAAGGCCUUCCAGCAAAAGGGGGAUCUUAAAAUACAUUACAGAGUUCAUACUGGAGAGAAACCUUUUAAAUGCAGUGAAUGUGGAAAGGCCUUCCAGGAAAAGGGGGAUCUUAAAAUACAUUACAGAAUUCAUACUGGAGAGAAAGCUUUUAAAUGCAGUGAAUGUGGGAAAGCCUUUUCCAGGGCUGGAACACUAAAACGACAUCAGAGUACUCAUACUGAAGAGAAACCCUUUGAUUGCAAUGAAUGUGGGAAGACAUUCCGAAGAAAUUCUCACCUUUUAAGUCAUCAGAGGAGAAUUCAUGGAGGAAUUAAUCUUCAUGAAUGAGAUGUAUGUGGGAAAGCAUUCUCUGGGAAGUAUGAUCUUACUACUCACACUAGAAUUCAUGCUGGAGAGAAACCCUAUGAAUGCAGUGAAUGUGGGAAGGCCUUUUCCAGUAAGUCAUAUUUUACCCACCAUAGCAGGAUUCAUGCUGGAGAGAAACCUUUUCAAUGUGAUAUUUGUGGAAAAGUACUUCUCUCUAAAUUUAACCUGAACCGUCAUCAGAAAACCCAUAUUGAAGAGAAACCUUUUUUGUGCAGUGUUUGUGGGAAAGGUUUUCCUGGAAAAAAAAGCUCUGACUGCAUAUCAAAGAGCUCAUGCUGGAAAGAGAACCUCUGAGUGCAGUGAAUGAGGAAAGAUCUUUCCUCGAAAGUCAUCUUACAUCUCACUCUACUAUUCAUAUUGGGGGAAAAAUCUUUUGAAUGAGGAGGCUUUGGGAAAGCCUUUCCCCAGAAAACAGCACUGACUCUCCCCAUCAGAAAACAUAUUCUUGGGGAGAAACAUUAUGAGUGCGAUGUAUGUGGAAAGGCUACACCCACAAUAAAAGUCUUUUCUUUCAUAAGAAAAUACAUUGGUGGCCCCCAGGCCGCAUGCGCCUGGCUGGCCAGGACCCCUGCCUGGAGCGGAGCUCGCUGCUCCGGGCCCAGGAUCUCCUUGCUCCCCGCCCCACCGGUUGUGCCACCGCCUCUUUGGACUCUUUUGUCGCGGCUGCGGCCGCCGCCACCAGCAAAGAAGAUGUUAAGUUUUUUCCGUCGAACACUUGGGCGCCGGUCAAUGCGAAAGCAUGCUGAGAAGGAACGUCUAAGAGAAGCCCAGCGAGCUGCUACACACAUUCCUGCAGCUGGAGAUGCCAAAUCCAUUAUUACAUGUAGGGUGUCGCUGCUAGAUGGAACUGAUGUUAGUGUGGAUCUGCCGA